UCUGUAUAUUCCCUUUUGGCAUCUCAAUAUGCUAACCACACAUUUUUUUUUCUUAACUUGCAACUUUGUUUUACACAAACGCUUUUUCAUAAUGAAAAAGAAAAAAUUGUCUUGAAGAAGGGCUAUAUGAGCUAUAUGCAUAAUGCAUCGAAUCAUCAUUUGGACAUAAUUCAUCCGAGAUGCUUGCGGAACAUAUAUUUGAAUUGGGAUUUUAGUAAAUAUCAUUGGUUAUUGUCGAUUUAUCACUUUGACAACGUUUCUCAACGUGGCAUUAGUCAUAUAACUUGGUACGAAUGCUUUGUUGAUUAAUAUAGAUAAUAAAGAUCGAUUGAAUUCUGGUUUCAUGAUUAAGCGGGGUGGGUUGCUAGGUUAAUCUUCCCCGAGGUAUAGUCGUCGGUCCAAAGGUGUGAAAGCGCUGGAGGGCCUUGUGACCCUGAAUAGCGUAAGCGAAAGGGGGCUCAGGCGGAUUCUUAAUCACCAAAAAAAAAAAAAAAAAGAAGUUGAUUGAAUUCUCUUUUAAAUCUAUAAUCCUUUCUUCGAACUUUUUAUUGUUGUCGUCACGUAGUUUUUUCUUCGAGUUCAUUUAAAUUAGCAUAAAUCAUUCAUCUUUUGAUACAAUUUUUAUAUCCAUAUGAGUGGAUUAUGCGUAUUAAACAUAUCCAUUCGUAGUUUAGCCUUUGUAAUCUGUAGAUUUUAUUCUUAUGAUUUAUAUAUACAUUUCUUAAAUUUUAAGGGCAUUAUUCUACUCUUCUCUAGAUAUCUUUAUCAAAAUUUCGCAAUUUUACUAAACAAGUGCGAAUAAAGAUGUGAUUAACUAUUCCAUCAAAAAUCACGUGUAAGUUCCUCUACCAGUAAACAGUUUUCCCUUUUCUUUGAUGAAUUUAUUUUCAAAAACUUCUGCAUAUUGUGAGAAAAAAUUAGGAUAAAUUGUAUAAUUAAAAUCAAUCCACUUAUACACCUUUUUCGGUCAACAAAAACAACCAAAAUCAUCCUUAUAUGAAAAGCACGAGUGUCUCCGUCCAAGCUUGACUCUCAAGAGAUGGAUGAAGUUUCAAUUUUAUGAUUUUUUUUUUUUUUUUUGCUGGUUAUUUCGACGUAACAAGGUUUUAAAAAAAAAAAAACAUUAUCUCUCUCCCGAAAGAAGGUCAAUGAGCCAUCAAAUGUUUUGUCGAGAUUUCUAAUUUUAUGCCUAAAAGCACUUAUUUUCUCCGUGCUAGUAAAUAUCAAUAAGCGUUGAUAAAUAUCAAAGAGCCCCUAAUUCUUCUUCUUCUUUUUUUGAAAGGAUAUUGUAACUUUUUUCCUAGUGACAUGUUAACUUACCAAAACUUUUACAAAGUUAUCAACUUGUUCUGAUGGUUUGUGAAGUUAUUAAUUUAGCAACAUUUAGUCUGGUAACAUGAAAUUAUCAACCUAUAUUAGAGUGAUUUAUCAACUUUUAUCAAUUUAAAUUAUCAAUUAGUAUUAAGUUAUCAUCUCUCAUUUGAAUUACUACGAACAUUUAAUGAUUUUUGAUUGAAUUAACCAACUUUUCUAUUGAGUUGCCAAUUUUUUAUUCCUCGGUUUACCAACUUUCAUAUGAGUUACUUACCAACAUGUAUAUGACUUUUUUUUUCCUGACUUUUCACAUUUUAUAAAUUCUUAUUUGCAUUUCUUAGUAACCCUACGAUUUACUAACUCUGUUUUACAAUUAUCAAUCUUAAUUAGAAUGACUCCCCAAUUUUUCCCCAAUCAAGUCACCAACUCUCACUGAAAUUAGAAUAAUGUCAUCAGUGGUCCCUUUACUAUCAUUUCUAUUGAGAACACAAACGCAAAGUCAAGCUACCAAGAAACAAAUUAAUGAAAGCACAAUAACAUAGAUGCACACGUAAGCUUGUGAGGUUUGACGCCUACGGGUGAGUGCUAAUCUAGGGGCUUAAGGCUCCCACUUCAUGAGUCAUGACCUCUUGUGUCAAGUCGUCUUCCUCCUUGCGACUUGCAGAUAGCAUCGGCUUGUUCAUCCUAUAUCCAUCCUCAGCUUUCUAGAUGCAACCCGGGGUUUUGAGUCUCCGGAUGUGUGCACAAAUGUGUCGUGGUAAGCAAGAAAACAUGCAUACACUACUUUUAAUUGCCAAUAUGAACAUUCAUCCCUAAACCUCCUGCAAAACAAAUUUUAGCAAUUGCAAGACCAUUUAAUAUGAUCGUUUGCAAUAUAUCUUAAUUCACACGUGAUAAUCUGGAAGAUCAAACAAAAAUGUCUUAUUAAAAUAGAGAGUCGGGUAUAAGUCCUCUAUUUGGUUUUAAACCAAUUCCUAAUUGGAGUAGUCAAGUUGUCGCGAAUCUCCCAAUGUGGACUCUAGGAGGUUGACAAGAUAUUGCUUGUUGCUUACGUAUAAGGAAGGCGUAGGCCAUGUUUAAAUCCUCCUGGAUUUGGCCAGCGUCUUGACAUGGAUUAUGUAAUAUAUGUUUAUCUAGAACUCGUGACUAAUCUAUUCUGAGGUUGGUUAUGGAUCUAUCAAGAUCUAGUGGUGAUGUGGGAGAAACAUCUCAAACCCAGACUUAAGUCAUUAGUUUGUAUAAACUAGAAAUUCUAAGUAAGGGGAUUUGAUUACACUAGAGCAUCUUUGUGUCCAAGAUUAGUAUUGACCUUUUUACGAGAGGCCUCUAGCUAUGACCCUAAAAUCUAUGUGGAGGCACUGCCACCUAUUCGUUGUACACUAACUCUCAAGUUUUAAUUAGAGAACGAGAAGCACAAGCCUAUUGAACGACAGGAGACAUAUAGAACUUGAAUCUAAACAAGUGUCAGUUCAUCAUGCGAAAACUAAUAAACAAGUCCAUUCAUUUGCUCUCUAAGCAUGCAGGCACGCAAUUGCGCUCGAUCAGUAACUCAACCGCCUCGACUCUGGUGAAAUCGGAAGAACUACCGACCAGGUCGCAAACCUGAAGUGAUGUGCUUCAGAUUCGGCCAUGACAGGAAUGACACGACUUCCACAUUAGUUGGCAAGAACCCGAGACGAGCAAGAGAGAGGGAGGCUCACGUGAACCUGCCUUGCUCGGCCAUGGCUCAAGGCCAGGCCUUGGGCCAUCCGUGGGCUUGGCUCCGUUCGGUUGUGGGUAUUCGGGCCCUCCUCCCACCCUUAUUAAUCCUUCGGCCGCGGUCCUCCAAAUCCACCUCAGACCUCUAAAAAGUUCUGGAAUUCAUCAAUUGAAAACAAAAACGAUGGUUUAACCGCGAACUGUAUAAUUUCAUGAACGGAGCCUUGUUUGGUGACGUUAAUUAUGUAGCAAGAAUACUAAGUCCCGUAGUAUAAGAUUGGAACGUAUGUUGGGGUAAUCCAUGGAUGCGAGGACUAAGGUUAAACACGCAUGGAGCUGCAAACGUCUUGGAAGGCCUGAUCACAGCUCGGAAAAAGUCGUGAUAUAGGAAUUACUAGAUCAGUCAAAAUGGGUCAUAAACUAAUUUCUUAACACAUAUAUAAUAAGUUGAGUUGUUAUAUUCAUUAGUUAAAAUGGUAAAACGUAAAAUGUAAAAAAUGAGUUUACAAUUUACUUUGAUGGUGCCCACCUUUAUGACUCUCUUUUAUUCUCUCUCGCCCUUACUCGAUUUUGCAUUUGCUCACUCUGCAUUCUCAUUUCAAUUUUGAUAAGUUUUCCUAAAUUUGAUUAAAUAUAAAAGUGUUAUAGCAAUAUAUGUCGUGUCAAGUUUGUUUCACAAUAUUUCCAUUGCAUUGAAAUUGGGAAAAAAAAGGGAUUAAUGGAUCUAUUUAGAUCGAACCAUUUUUGACCCGUCACAAUCCAACCUACCCGCUUGACGAGUCUAGGAAUAACCCUGAAAUGACAUGCAUAUGACAAUCUAAAAGAACAUGCGAGAUUUUGUGCUUUGAAACCGACGGAGUCUACGCUGACAUGGAGGAUUUUAUAGAUCCCAAGUCGAAGUUGAAGGAGAAAGAUGAUCCAUAUCCAGGGGUAAACACCCUACUAGUAGAUUUAACAUGGUGGCUAAGCUUUCUCCAUCCAAAUGAAAGGGAUGGAUCUUUUAAUCACCGAAGAUUCCAUUUAAAAGAUCAUGUUCUUGUGAAUAAAAAUUCAAUGAGUAGGACGAACAACCCCCAUUCAAGCCAGCUAGCCACCGUCCCGGGAUGCCACGUCAACCUCGAUCCUCCAUGGCUACGAGACGUCUGAAACUUGAUCUUCGUAUAUUUUAUCUUCAAAAUGUCAGCUUUUUCAUAGUUCCAUGUACUACACCCGUCGAACCCGUAUUAGAAUGUUAGGUAGAAGGAAAAUUUCGAGCUGCGGGUUCAAAUUGGUCACCUCCACUGUGAACGAAAAGAACAGGAGCACCGAAAUCGCUGACCCCAAUGACAAUUACUAAUCUUCUAUAAGAAACAAAUCUUCAUGUAGAUGACAAAUUUUUCACGUGGAUGACAACCUUGGUAGCGUGCUGUCAAUAAAAGAUUACAUAAAGAGAAGACAACAUAGCCCAACAACAGAGGUACAAAACAGCAACCGGCGCACGUGACGUUCUCUUUCCUUUCGAGCAUAUGGCAUGACAUAUUGAGUUGGGGUUUUCUUGGAAGCCCCAAGAUUCAAAAUGGAUUCUCAGUCUCAAUCUCAUGGCCACAUAGUUAUGCUACCUUUCAUGGCCCAUGGCCAUCUCAUCCCCUUCCUCGCCCUCGCCCGUCGCAUCCGCCACCAAACCCCCUUCGUCGUCACUCUCGCCGCCACUCCUCUGAACCUCCAGUACCUCCGCUCCAUCAUCUCCCCCUACGACGCCGACUCCAGGAUCCACCUCCAUGAGCUCCCGUUCCGCAGCUCUGAACACGGCUUGCCCCCCGACACCGAGAACACCGAGAACUUGCCCAUCAAUCAGAUCGUGGCGCUUUGCCAUUCAUCCGUGUCUCUCGCUGCUCCCGUGGAGCGCCUUAUCUCCGACAUAACCACUGAAGAGGGCCGGCCACCUCUUUGCGUGAUCUCGGAUGUGGUCUUUGGGUGGUCCACGGACGUCGCCAGGCGGCUCGGGACGAAGAGCAUCGCCUUCACCACGUGUGGUGCAUACGGCACUAUGGCCUACGUCUCCCUCUGGCUUCACCUCCCGCACCGCUCCACCGAUGCUGAGGAGUUCUCGGUGCCUGGAUUUCCUGAACGGUGCAGGUUCCACCGCUCUGAUCUCCACCGGAUCAUCCGAGAGGCAGACACUACCGACCAGUGGUCCAAGUUCUUUCAGGUUCAGCUCAAGCUCUCUUUGGCCUCGGAUGGUUGGUUGUGCAAUUCGGUUGAGGAAAUUGAGCCUCUUGGGUUGGAUCUGCUGAGGAAGUACUUGAAGCUCCCUGUUUGGGCCGUUGGUCCUUUAGUCCCUUCUGACUUGCUUCAAAAAUCAUCACCGAUCUCUCCCGACUCAACAUUAAGAUCCAUCCAAAAGCGUACGGGAAAAGCUCUAGGAGUGUCCCUAGAGAAAUGCCUAGACUUCCUCAACUCACAUGGUCCAAACUCUGUUUUGUACAUUUCCUUUGGUUCUCAGAACACUAUAGGUCCUGGCCAGAUGAUGCAAUUAGCCAUUGGAUUGGAAUCAAGUGGCAAGCCUUUCAUUUGGGUCGUUAGGCCGCCGCUCGGUUUCGACAUUAAAGGCGAGUUCCGACCCGAGUGGUUGCCGCCAGGGUUCGAGGACCGGAUGACCAGGAGCAAGCAGGGUUUGCUGGUGUGGAAUUGGGCACCACAAUUGGAGAUCCUAUCGCACGGAUCGACGGGGGCAUUCCUGAGCCACUGUGGGUGGAACUCGAUCGUGGAGAGCCUGAGCCAGGGGGUGCCGAUCGUGGGGUGGCCCAUGGGGGCCGAACAGGCGUACAACGUCAAGAUGAUGGUCCAGGAGAUGGGGGUGUGCGUGGAGCUUACGCGUGGGUUCGAGAGCCAGAUCGACGCUGAGGCAGUGAAGCGGGUAAUCGAAUUGGUGAUGGAAGAGGAGGGAAAAGGAGGGGAGAUGAAGAGGAGGGCCUAUGCAGCGAUGCUGCAAAUGAGAGAAGCUGUGAAAGAAGGCAGUGAUGAUGACCGGGGGUCAAGCGUCAAGGCCAUGGAUGAUUUUGUGAGGACCAUUUUAGGUGAGCCUGCGAAGGAUACAUCAUCCUCUUCCUCUUGAGUCAAUCAUCACUCAAAAAAAAGGUCUGUCAACUUAUAAAGACAGAACUAGAAAGUCGAGACACUCAUGUCCUCAAGCAAUAGAACCGAAGAAUAAAAAUAUCGCUUUCUUGAAUGCAGCACCUUUUAUUCAGGUACAAUCCAACCUCCACGCUUUGUAGUUUUGUCUUGAAAUAUUCCGUGUGUAUGAAACAAAAAAAAACAAAAAAAGUUCUUCGCGUGUAAUACUCAA